CGAAACGACAGGCAAUUGUCCAUUCUAGCAAUGCUGUCUUAAUCUGGGGGGAAAUGCUUGUGUUUGAACGAGUAAGGCCCGUCAGGCCGUAGCUGAAUCCCCGGGUUGUAAGUUGAUGAAAGGCAGGGGCAGGUGCGCUGGGACCCGGCUGGAAACUCCAUUCUGCUCUGGCCGCAUUGGAAGGCUUUCGACUGACGGCAAGCAGUGUCUGAAAGAUGACGACAGCGGGGACCACGAUCAGAACGAGGACAGCGGCUCACCGAAAGAGUGUGAAAAGGAAAAAAACGAGGAGGAAGAGAAGGACCAGAAUAAGAGGAAGACAGCUGUGCCUGGUGCAGGGGAGCACCCCCUGCAGUAUAACUAUACCUUCUGGUACUCGCGCCGAACCCCAGGUCGCCCUGCCAGCUCUCAGAGCUAUGAACAGAACAUCAAACAGAUCGGGAGUUUUGCCUCUGUGGAGCAAUUCUGGCGCUUUUACAGUCACAUGACCCGACCUGGUGACCUUACGGGCCACAGCGACUUCCACCUCUUCAAAGAGGGCAUCAAACCCAUGUGGGAGGACGAUGCCAACAAGAGUGGGGGGAAGUGGAUCAUUCGCCUGCGGAAGGGCCUGGCAUCCCGCUGCUGGGAGAACCUGAUCCUGGCCAUGCUGGGAGAGCAGUUCAUGGUGGGGGAAGAGAUCUGCGGUGCCGUGGUCUCCGUGCGUUUCCAGGAAGAUAUCAUCUCCAUCUGGAACAAAACUGCCAGCGACCAGGCUACCACCGCCCGUAUCAGAGACACGCUGAGGAGAGUCCUCAACCUCCCGCCCAACACCAUCAUGGAGUACAAAACGCAUACUGACAGCAUAAAGGCCUGGGAGGAUUUCCAUGGCUUGGUGAAUGCCAGUGGGGGGCGUUAACUCCAGGUCCGUUGGGCGUCUGCCAAGGAUUUGUGUUUGUGGUCUUGUGGGUGAAGAGGAUUGUCCAGAGGAGAAUGUCCGCGAAUCACUGUUUCAAAAGAGAGAGGGAGAACGGGAGACAGAGCAGGGAGACAAUGCUUUCUGACGGCUUGUGGAAUCAUUUCUUUUAACAUUGUUCAUAAAUACGUGAGCCAUGCCAAGGGCCAGCUAAACGAGGAGCGAAAUUGUCAGUAGAAAACAAGGCUGUCCUUACUGCGGCCAUCACCCCGUAAACACAAGACAUCCAACAAGAUGACCGAGCUGAAGAUGGAAGAUAAUGACCUCUCUCUCUCUCUCUUUCUCUGGUCCAUAAGGGAGCCUGCGUAGUAAAAUUCUCAGCUGCUGUGAUAUGGGCAAUAACUGUUUAAGAGCCUUCAAGAAAAACACAAAAAAUAACUAACCAAAACCCCAACUUAAACGAGUAAUGUGUAUUGUCAUAUUACAUGUGCAUUUUACAGCUCCUCAUAUUAGUAUUGUUAUGGUGCACUAUACAGCCAAAAAGGUUCCCAUAACUAUACAGUUAUUAUUUUAAUAAACAAAUGGACAGGCCUGGAGACUGUUUUACUGUAGUGCAGUAUUUUAAUUACAGUAUUAGUGUUAUUUUUUAAAAGCGAUUUCUAAGUGGACACUCUAGAGGGAUCACUGGAGGAUUUUGUCUUGAUCCGUACCUUUGACCUGGAAGUGGAAACGCGCCCAAAGGACGACCAUCCUGAACGGUGGCGGUUGUGUCACCCGGAGCGUCUCUUUCAAAUAGACUGCCGAGCUGCCUAUAUCACUGUGCCUGGACUUCAGUCCGUCUCCAAAUUUAAAACGCUGAAGGCUUUUGUUCUUUUUGGUUACUUUUAUUUUUACAUCAAACGAUAUUUAGAUUUCCAACGUGAAAACUUAAUGGCAGCGACAUCUCUUAAGAUGCAGAGAGAUGUGCUGCCAUGUUAUUGUGCUAUAGCUGGAUAGUGCCCAGCCCUCAAACACUGAUCCAGGAUCAGCUAAUUCACCCCUAAUCUUAACCGUUCGCCAUUUUGCAGAUCCAAUCCGGGAUCAGUGAUAGGAGCACUAUCUAUUAAUUACCCCCUUGCUACUGCCUGGGUUUCAGUGGGUGGUGCUGUUUUGCAGGAAGCUCUGUCAUUCUAAAGGAGAAUUGUGUUGCCUGAUUUCACCUGGUUGAUUAUAGCAAUAAAUGUCAAUUAUGCAUCUGCUGCUAUUGAA